AUGGCGGUACCAGUUGUAGAGACCAACAAUAUCAUCAGCCAUCCCGAGGGUGGCUGUUCCUUACAAGCCGGAGAAGGCACUUACCUCCUCCGAGAUGACCUACACUUAGCCACCCCUCCUCCACAUCCCUCCGAAGCCCCCGUCAUGAACCCCAAUCCACUUGCGACCGUUCCGGCGCCUCCGACAUCAGGUGUCAAGCUCUCGCUGGUUAGCAUCGGUAGCCGGCUUAAGACCCCCACACCCUCCGUGGAUGGCACAGGCGCAGCAUCUUUAUUUGGAGAUGGCAAUCCAGCUCUCGCAGCACCACCUGUGAAGGAAGGAUUGAAGAGGAGGAAACCGAAGAACAAUAUCAUAAAGAGCAGCUCGUCGUUCGUCUCGCGGGUCAUUACGCACGAGACGGCAACCAAGCGAUUGAACGAUCGGAACCCGGAUGGUCUUUUUGCCUUUGCAAACAUCAAUCGUGCCUUCCAGUGGCUGGAUCUUAGUGCCAAGCAGAAGGAAGAGCCCGUCACCAAGAUACUGUUCACCAAAGCGCACAUGAUAAGCCAUGAUAUCAAUGAGCUAACCAAGAGCGCAUCACACAUAGAUGUUGUCAUGGGUUCCUCGGCUGGAGACAUUAUUUGGUACGAGCCGAUGUCUCAGAAGUACGCACGUAUCAACAAGAACGGAGUCGUCAACAAUUCUCCUGUGACGCAUAUCAAAUGGAUUCCCGGUUCAGAGAAUUUGUUCAUGGCUGCUCAUGCGAACGGACAGCUGGUGGUAUACGACAAGGAGAAAGAAGACGCUCUUUUCACACCAGAACUGGGCAGUCCGUCGGCUGAAACGAUGAAGUCGUCGUCGGGGCGGCAACCACUGCAAAUCCUGAAGUCGGUCAACUCGAGAAAUCAAAAGACCAAUCCGGUUGCGCUGUGGAAACUCGCCAACCAGAAAAUCACGCAAUUCGCCUUCUCGCCGGACCGCAGACACUUGGCUGUUGUCUUAGAGGAUGGAUCGUUACGAGUUAUGGAUUACUUGAAGGAAGAGGUUCUGGAUAUUUUCCGCAGUUACUACGGAGGGUUAAUAUGCGUCUGCUGGUCGCCGGACGGAAAAUAUAUAGUAACCGGAGGCCAAGACGAUCUUGUAACGAUCUGGUCGUUACCAGAGCGCAAGAUAGUCGCACGUUGCCAGGGCCACAACUCAUGGGUCUCUGCGGUAGCUUUUGACCCAUGGCGCUGCGACGACCGUACUUACAGGUUUGGUAGCGUUGGUGACGAUUGUCGGUUGCUACUAUGGGAUUUCAGCGUGGGCAUGCUGCACCGACCGAGAGUACAUCAAGCCAACGCCCGCCAACGCACCAGCAUGAUUGUCUCGAACACGCAACACCUCAACCGUCACCGAGCCGAUAGCGGAGGAAACCGAACGCGAUCAGAUUCUCAGGAGACCGCAGAUACCUAUAAUAGUUAUGAUCCGACCGUUCGUCAUCCGGUGGAACCCAGAGCACGAACCGCCCUCUUACCACCGAUCAUGUCCAAAGUCGUUGGUGAAGACCCUAUCUGCUGGCUAGGCUUCCAAGAAGACUCCAUCAUGACAUCUUCACUCGAAGGCCACAUUCGCACCUGGGAUCGUCCUCGAGAAGGAAUCAACGACAACUACAGUUAUUCGCCUGCGAUCAGUGCCAGCGCCACCGGGUCCGGUCGUGCUGACUCGGUGAUGGGAUCACUGUGA